GGGAGAGCGCAGAGCGAGCUGAGGCCACAGCGGGGAUGGUCAGGAUGGAAGAGGUGGCCGUGAAGCAGGGCUUCCUGCACCUUCAGCAGCAGCAGACCUUCGGCAAGAAGUGGCGCCGGUUCGUGGCCGUGCUCUACGGAGAGUCCGGCUGCUCCCUGGCCCGCCUGGAGCUCCAGGACGGCCCCGAGAAGACUCGCAAGAAGGUGAUCCGCCUCAGCGACUGCCUGCGGGCGGCCGAGGCCGGGGGAGAGGCGGGCAGUCCCCGGGACACCAGUGCCUUCAUCCUGGAGACCAAGGAGCGCCUGUACCUGCUGGCGGCCCCCGCUGCGGAGCGCCAGGACUGGAUCCAAGCCAUCUGCCUGCUGGCCUUUCCCGGACAGAGGAAGGAGCCCUCGGGGCUGGAGGGGAAGAAUGGCAGGCCCUGCAUGGAGGAGAACGAAUUGUACAGCAGCUCCCUAACAGGAGUCUCCAGCAAGGAAUUUGCUGUGACCAUGAGACCUACUGAAGCCAGUGAACGGUGCCGGCUCCGAGGGUCCUAUACUCUCCGGGCCGGGGCGAGCGCCCUGGAGUUGUGGGGUGGCCCCGAGCUGGGCACCCAGCUGUACGAGUGGCCCUACAGAUUUCUGCGGCGCUUUGGGCGGGACAAGGUGACCUUUUCCUUUGAGGCCGGCCGGCGCUGUGCCUCUGGGGAGGGCAACUUUGAGUUUGAGACCCGCCAUGGCAACGAGAUCUUUCAGGCCCUGGAAGAGGCCAUCGCUGCCCAGAAGAACUCUGCCCCUUCUGGAGCCCCGCUUCCACUCCAGCCCGCCACAGGGCCCGCGUUGCCCACUGUGCUGACCCGACCCGAGAGCCCCUAUUCCCGACCCCACGACUCUCUACCCUCCCCUUCCCCAGGCAUGCAGGUGCCUGGCACAAGGCCAAGGGGUCCCGAGGGGGAGUACGCAGUGCCCUUUGAUGCGGUGGCUCGCUCCUUGGGGAAAAGUCUCGGGAGCAUGCUGACAAGCCCUCCUCCACCCCAGGCUGACCCAUUAUAUGCCAGUAUCCAUGAGGAACCUGUGGCUCCUUUACCUGACCACAUAUAUGAUGAGCCCGAGGGCAUGGCUGCUCUAGCCCUGUAUGACAGCCCACAGGAACCCCAAUGCCAGGUGUGGAGGAGGCAGGCUACUGCCGAUGGGCACCCCAACACCCUCCGGCAGAACUCUCCUGUGUCUGGCUGGCAACAGGGAACCCAAUAUGACAAUGUCUUACUGAAGAAAUGCCCGAAGUGAUUAGGAGAU